CAAUGAGUGUGUGCAUCAUGUCUAUGUUGCUUGGUUCCAUAGCAUUCGGCUAGCAGCUAAACGCUAUUUUAUCGACAUUGUUAUCUAUUCUGUCACACCCCACACAGAGUGUCGCUACUGUGGAUGAUUUCACGUAAACCGUGGAAAAAGUGUGGUUCCUCACACCUUGGACAUGAAGAUGCUGACUGGAACCUUCACUUCAGCUGUGUGGAGAUGACCUGCCACCCUUUUGGGAAUGGUCAGAAUGGGGCCAGAUGUGCCCCUUCUCAAUGAAUACAAGCAGGAGUUCUUCUGGAAGCGCUUCCCCCAAACGGUGUUGGGGGGUCCACGCUUCAAGUUGGGCUACUGCGCUCCGCCGUACGUUUACGUCAAUCAAGCCGUCCUCUUCUUGACGCCAUGGCUCUUCGGCGGCGUGGGUACGCUCCUCUGCCAAUUGCAACUUCUUCAAGCGCUGCACGCCGCGCUGCUGUCCGGUGUGCUGAUGUUCGGUGCGGCGGCAGGCGUCCAAGCUGUGGCUUUGUAUGCCGGACGGCGCAGCGGCACAGUGGAAAGGCUCGGUGCGCCCAAUAUUUUAGUUGACGAAGAGGAAGUGGAAUUCACUCACUGCGUCAGCACGGAGACGGUCCGUUUCAUUGCUCCCGGGAAGAGAUUUGGGCUGAAUGUGGUGUUGCAUACGGUACUGGCAGGGGUUCUCUGUGGUUUUGGGACAUGGUACGUGCUCCUCGGGAGGCUGACCGCUCUCUAUGGUAGCAUAGGUGUGUCCUUGGUAGUUUUUGUUCUCAGUUGGGUGACUCUGUGUAUAGCAGAGUAUUCUCUUGUCGUAAAUACAGCCACAGAGACUGCUACUUUCCAGGCACAGGACACUUAUGAGAUUACCCCACUCACCCGACCCCUCUACAUUUUCAUCUUCAUUGUUGUGGACUUGACAGACAGGUUCUCGGGUCCAGUUCCUGAGCUCCAGCUUGCCAGUCAAAUUCUUCACGUGAUUUUCCUUUUCUUACCUCUGCUGUGGGCGCUAGGAAUACUACCUCCUCUGGACGCCUUGUUCCUGUGGGGCAUGGAGCAGGUGCUGGUGUUCGGAUUAGGAGGCUCUCCCAUGUCCAGCAACCUCAGGCUGCUGUUGAUGUUUGUCGUGUCCGCUGGUGUCACCGUGUGCAAUUGCUUCAUCCCAUCAACACUGGGAGUCGUCCUCUUCUCCACUGCAACGGGAUUCCUGCUGAGCUUGGACCUCAGCCAGGUCGGCACACUCUGCCACGGUUCCAGGACCGAGUGCAAGGACUUUGGAUUGCGCAGACGGGGGUCACCGCCGCCGCCUCCUCUUUCCAACACCUUUGGUUGGAACCUCGGCUGCACGGAGGUGUUGUUAUAUCUGAGCCUGCUACUCGCGGCCCUGGCUGAAGCGGGUCUGUUGCAUCACUUCCACGCUUCAGCUCAGUCCCAGAGUUUGCUGAAGGGACCCCAGGCUCCCGUCAGCUACCUCCUCCUGCUUCUUUUCUCCCUCUGCUGGGUUCUCAGAGAGAUCCAGGGGGCCUACAUAUUUGGCGGGUUAUUCCUCAAUCCACUGUACCCGAAAGGCAUGUCCAGUGUGCAGACUUUGAAGCAGAGGAACAGAGGAUUAUUUCUUGCUGCAGCCAUCAGAAGAGUCCUUCUUUAUCUUGUGUCUCCAUUUGCAUUGAUUGCUUUCCUGUCUAUGGAUAAAUCUUUGCAGCAGCUCAACGGGGUUCCUCUCUGCGUGGGGUUCACACGAGCCUUCAGAGUGGCAUGGCAGAGCUCGGAAGAUGCUUUACUACAAAUGGUCGUCAUCAUCAUUGUGCGUCUCAUAGCUGGAAACAACACACUGCCUGGGUGGGACAAACUGGGCACAGGAGUUCAGCUUCUCCUGAUCGGCCUACUGAUGGAUAGACUGACCCAGUUCCUGUCCAAGUUAAAGUUCACCCUCACUGUGUUGGUGACAUCUUGGACCGAGAAGAAGCAGCGCCGGCAGUCAGCAGGAACUCUUCUGGCUCUGAACGCCUCCCUCUGCCCGCUGCUGUUGGCCGUCGUGACCCUGUCCGCCCUGCUCUCUGCACCCCUGCUGCCUCUCUUCACCCUGCCCAUCUUUCUGGUCGGGUUCCCCAGGCCUCAGCGCAGUUGGCCGGGACCCGUAGGUACCGCGUGCCCUUGCGCAGACUCGAUAUUCUACCAGCAAAUGAGUGGAAGUCUGGCUUCUGCCCUGAGGACGGCCUUUGCAAGAGGGUCUCUUGGUUCUUUAGCUCCUGGUUCUCACUUUCUUGGGCGAUUCCAAGACCGCAUGGUUUGGAUCAUGAUUCUGGAGAGGGGAUAUGGCUACUGCACUGUCAACAUUAAGGGUUUGGAGCUCCAGGAAACAUCUUGCCACACUGUAGAAGCGCGCCGCGUGGAUGAGGUUUUCGAGGCUGCUUUCGAGCGCCCAGAGCGGCUUGGUUUGACGCAGGGUUUGAACCUACACUGGGCCAAUGCUCUGACACCUUGUGCAGCACUGGCCGUCCGGGUCUACUCGGAUGCCCGGAAUGUCCUCUCUGGUAUCAUAGACUCUCACGACAACUUGAGGAAACUUCAGGACGACUUUCUGAAAGCUCUAGUGUGGUUGCUUCUCCGGUAUUGCAUUAAGAAGCAUAAAGGCUCUCUUUGGAGCUGCAGCGAGGCGACCGGAAUUGGAGGCAGAAAGUCCCAGUCCUCCCAGCGGGCGCAGACUACAUGCAACCAGCUCCCUGACGCCAUCGUGGUCGAGUCCAAAGUGUCGUCCCUCAGGUUCAGACAGGACAGCUCCAGCUUGACAUCCUUUGGUGAUUGGUCCGAUGAGGAUGAUCUAUUUGGACCUCAACCAGCCAGGCGGACUGUGGCCUUAGUAACGGCAGAGGCCCAAUCUGGACACACAAUGCUGCAGACGGGAGCCUCUCUUCCAGGAUCCGUAGAGAUGGACGGUCUUUUUGAAAACAUGGCCCUCUCUGCCCUGCAGCCUUUACAGCCCCUAGGACUCGGUGUCGGGAUGCCAGUGGUUGACAAAGGUCACAACCCGGAGGUUUUCAAAGAGAGUCCUGGCUCUCUCCGACAGCUCAACUUCAGCUGCCCCCAGUCGGAGGUCUUCAACCUUCCGACAGGGUGGAGGACGGCGCCGUUGCUGCCGAGCCGGCUACUGCAGCUCAGGCCUUUAUUCCCCGAGGACUGGUUCAGGUUUGCCUUGAGCCAGUUCGGCCCCGUCGUGCAGAGUGAGACGUCCGAGGACAUGACCAAAGCUCUGAAGGAAGACGAAACCUUGAAAGACCUUCACGCUCAGGUUGCAAUUUCGUGUCUGGUGUCACUUGGCGCGGAGUCCGCCUUCACCAGUCCCAGUUACAUUUAUAGGCUCUACUGUGGAGACGUGCCGUGGACAGAGGGACUCGAGUGGCUCUCCUCCAGUAAAGAACUGUAUCAGCUCGCUCUUAGGGCUUUCAGGUUUAGCUUCAAGCUGCUGUUUGAUCAAGCAAGCUUUGGGCCCAUGGAGUCUCCUGAGGAGAUGUUCAGUGCCUUGGAGGAGUACGAGAAGGACUGGUACAUAGGAUUGGUGUCGGAGAAAGGCUGGCAUGACAGUGUCCUUCAGGAGAAGCCCUUCCUCUUUUCUUUAGGACAUGAUCUUUCUAUGGGUACCUACACCGGGCGAGUCCUGUCCUUGCAGGAACAGCUGGUGCACGUGGGUCGCCUGAACGGUGAAGGAGUGCGAGGUCAGUGGGCGAAUCUGUCCUGGGAGCUCCUCUACGCCACCAACGACGACGAGGAGCGUUACAGCAUCCAGGCGCACCCCUUCAUGUUAAGGAACUUAACUGUCCAGGCAGCGGAUCCACCUCUGGGGUACCCCAUUUACUCGUCUGCACCCCUUCACUUCCCCUGCCUCUGACCGCACGGGGAAGAGCACUUUUCACUUCACAACCACAAGAUUUCAUGUUUUUAAGAAAGCUGUGAGAAACUUAAAGCAAAACUGCAUUUUUUUAAAAUUUAGCCCAUCAUCCACAAUCCUUAAGUGAGACAUGAACACAAAUGUGUAUUUUUUGUGUAUUCUAAAGAUACCAAGCUACAGCAACAUUGGUAUUAACGUGAGAAGCUGAAGCUGAGCCACAUCAACUAAGGGAAGUUCAUUCAUUCAUUCAUUUUCUACCGCUUUUCCUCACGAGGGUCGCUGGGGUGCUGGAGCCUAUCCCAGCUGUCUUCGGGCGAGAGGCGGGGUACACCCUGGACUGGUCGCCAGCCAAUCACAGGGCACAUAUAGACAAACAACCAUUCACACUCACAUUCAUACCUAUGGACAAUUUGGAGUCGCUAAUUAACCUAGCAUGUUUUUGGAAUGUGGGAGGAAACCGGAGUACCCGGAGAAAGCCCACACAAAACUCCACACAGAGAUGAUCAAGAGUGGAAUUGAACUCAGGUCCCCUAGCUGUGAAGCCUGCGCGCUAACCACUCAAGCACUGUGCAGCCCUUGCCCAAAAUUCUUUCAUUCAUUUUCUACCGCUUAUCUUCACAAGAGUUCCGGGGUAUGCUGGAGCCUAUCCCAGCUGUCUUUGGGCGAGAGGCUGGGUACACCCUGGACUGGUGGCCAGCCAAUCACAGGGCACAUAUAGACAAACAACCAUUCACACUCACAUUCAUACCUAUGGACAAUUUGGAGUCGCAAAUUAACCUAGCAUGUUUUUGGAAUGUGGGAGGAAACCGGAGUACCCGGAGAAAACCCACACAUGCACGGGGAGAACAUGGAAACUCCACACAGAGAUGGCCGAGGGUGGAAUUUUAACCCUGGUCUCCUCGCUGUGAGGUCUGCGCGCUAACCACUCGACCGCAAAUAUGGCAAAAUAUGUUUUAAUAUCUUUGUGAGCGGCAUCGGUGUGUCCCUUUAUACUAUAUACAGCAAUGAGCUGCCUGUUUUUAUAUUGUUAGAAUGCCCACUUGUGUGUUCAUGUCAUACAAAAAGAUUGUGGAUGAUGGGCAAAAUAAAAAAAAAAAAGGCAAGUUUUCCUUUAAGACCAAAGGGAUCUUUUUGGUAGAAUAUUGGAACAUUUGUUGUUUUUAGGGGUGUAACGAUUCGAUUCCGAUCACGAUUCAUAUCAACUUACGCCAAAUCAAACUGUUACAUAAGUAAAGUUUUGACGUCUUUAUCAUUAAAAGUGCUUAAAAAAAUACACACACAUUCGAAUGAACUCUGCCAUGUUUAAAUCCAGUGCUUUAUUUCCUAGUUUCUAUGUAUUUGAUUACCUUUUAAACUAUGUUAGAUCGAUAUGUCGUCCGGAAUGGCAACUUGCGGAACACUGAUCAUAGGUAAUAUAAAUCGAUACCAAUAGUGGAUGAAUCGUUACACCCCUAGUUGUUGUUAAUAAUAGGAUUCAGUUAUGGUGCUUCAGUUACAGUACAACAAAGGAAGAAGCAAAAAUACAAUCAAACUACAAGAUUCCCAUUUUAGAGGAAACAUGAACACUCAUAGCGUAGCUAAUUGGGGGAUACAUUCAACAGAAGCACAUUGGGUGUUUAUUUUUAUUUUUUAUUUUUAUAAACAUGCCUACCUGUCAUUUGAGGUCAGAUUCAGCUUUGCUGUUUUUAAAUUACCGUUUUUUUAUUUUGCCCCUCCCCGCCUGCUAAAAAGGGACACAAAAUCCAUUUAUUUUGUUGCGAUAUCAAGGAUGUGCCUUGGGUAUGUAUCGUUGUAAGCGUUUAGUGCUAUUGUUUUGUUUACACUUCACUUGUUUACAACUUUUAAAAUAAUACUUCAACAAAUGUGACCAUAGCCUUGUACAUAUGGUUCAUUUUUAUAUAUGUCUACCUGUAUAUACUUAGAAUAAAAUAGAUUGUAUGAAGAUGUCUCGGUUUACAUUUCAUCAGAAAGCAACAUUUUAGGAGUUCUUGGGCUUGCUGAAAUAGGCAGAGUCUGCAUCCUGCAACAAAAAAAGAAAAAUAUGAGUACUGUUUUUUUUGUUUUUUUUUCAAUAGCAAGAGCACAAGUAUUUUUGUGCCGCUUCCUGCAAUAAGCUCUAACUGCUUGAUCUUAAGAGGAACAUGACCUUUCCGCAUAGCCCUUAGCUAUUUCUUCCCAGCAGAGGCAACCAAACACAUUGGUCAGUCAGUCAGUCAGUCAGUCAGCACUGGAGAGCAAUGUCACAUCCUUUAACACAGAAUUAACAAGGCCACUAGCAGCUGCGGUCCUGCAGGUAGUCAUCCGGUUCAAGUAAUUUCUCUUCACGACGUGAAAAAUCCUCCAAUUGUGGUUGUGAUAAUACAAGGUCAACAACACGUAUUGCAUCAGAAACAGCCUAUCCAUCUGACUGAGGUGUAUACAUCGGAACACAGAGGAAAAGCCAAACAGCUCUCGUUCCUCUUUUUGUAUCCACUUGCUCAUGACAAGAAGGUCAAAACAAUAUUCCAUGCUCAUUGAAGUCGUUAGCUAGGUUUAAAACCAAUAUUGCUGUGUACCUACCCCUCCAGCUUUAAAAUUCUGCACUCUUUUCUUGGCCAGGAUCUUUGUUAUAAACCAUGCCAAUGUGGGGGUGUACUGCCAAAUGUAGUAAUAUGUCAAAAAGGGCUGCUGUGCAAUCCACAUUUCCUUGACGCCAUUGGCCAUUCCCGCUAGUAUUAAAGAAACACAGCGACUUGUGGGCAUCUUGUGCAUCUGGUCACCAGCUGAAGUCACGGGCUGAGGAAAAAAAAAACGAAAGCAGUUAGUAGAAUCAAACAUGAAGAAACAUUCAUAUGCUCACAUAUAUAUAAAUAUUCACCUUGUGCAGGUUUUCUCUGAUAGCGUUGUGUACUAUAAAUGAUUGCACAGGCCCUGGACACACUGUGCUGAUGAAUAUGUUGGGGUAGUCGUACAGCUCCGCUUGAAGGGAUUUGAAAAAGCCCUGAAGGAUAAGACAUGGAUAACAGGUACUCGACUGCAUAUUGUAUCCAUCUUAUCCAAAAUUAUAUUUAAGGAUCUUUGUAGGCGCAAACGUCACCUGCAGAGCGUGCUUGCUCGCAGCGUAUCCUGUGGCUAAGGGUCCCCCCGCCAGGCCCAACAAGCUGCUGAUGGUGACGAUGGCGCCGAUGCCGCGCCGAGUCAUGUGAGAAAGCACAUGCUUGGUGAGGGAAAGGGUACCCAGGAAGUUGACGUCCAUCAAGGCCUGGUACACUUCCACGUCAGCGUCCAAGAACAAAGAGCGCUGGCUUCGGCCUCCGUUGUUUAUCAAGAUGUCAAUCUGGAAGAUGAGUCGUGUUGAUUUAGUCGUUGAAUGGGACUUUGGGAGGUUUAAUUGUAUUCCAUACCCGUCCAAAGUGUUUAAUUACAGCUUUGGUUUUUGCUUCAUGGGUAGUCCUUUCCAAUAAAUCCAACGGAAGAAUGAGAAUAUCCUCAUCUUUGAGACUGGAACACUCUGGAGAUAUACAAAUAAUAUACGUAUAUUCCAUUAAAUAAGAAGAUAAUGCAUAAAAUCCAACAUACAGUCGCAAGACUAGGAACCUUUUGAAUAAAUGUCAUAAAAUGUGAUCGGAUCAUCAAUGCCGGGGGUCUUAAACUUAGUCCACAAAAAAAGGUUUGCUCUGCACAACAUGCCUUCCCAUGCCUUGCAGGUCUCAUCCACAGCUACAAGAAGCGGCUGGUUGAGGUUAUGGUAAUGGUAAUGGUUUUAUUUCAUUUGAACAUGCAUCAGAUUUACAAUUGAAUGCAUCACAUAAUCAGUUCACAGUUCCACAUGUCCAAAAGGAGUAGGAAGAAGCAAAGCUUAUUAAAUCCUACCCCUCCAUCUGGUACUUUUACAAUCAGUAACUGUUACACUUGUUCACUUCCUGCUUUCCGAAUAUAAUUUAAUUUUAUUUAAUUGUAUUUUUUAAAUUAAAUUUAUUUUAAUGGUUUUAUUUCAUUUGAACAUGCAUCAGAUUACAAUUGAAUGCAUCACAUAAUCAGUUCACAGUUCCACAUGUCCAAAAGGAGUAGGAAGAAGCAAAGCUUAUUAAAUCCUACCCCUCCAUCUGGUACUUUUACAAUCAGUAACGGUUACAUUUGUUCACUUCCUGCUUUCCAUAAUACAGUUUAAGGUUUUUUUGUCUUUUGUUUUUUUUAAAUAAUGUACCAUGUAAUCCAUUCCAUAGUUUGAUUCCACAUACUGAAAUGCUAUGGCUUUUUAACGUAGUCCUAGCAUAGAAAUGUUUCAAAUUGAGUUCUUCCCUGAGAAAUAUAUUUCUCCUCUCUUGUAGAGAAGUAUUGGAUUACAUUUUAGGUAAUUGGUUAUUUUUAGCCUUAUGCAUUAUUUUAGCCGUUUGAAAAUUAACUAUAUCAGCAAGUUGAAGUAUUUGUGAUUUUAGAAAUAAGGAGUUAGUAUGUUCUCUGUAGGCGGUAUUAUGAAUUAUCCUUACUGACCUUUUUUUGCAGUACAUUUAGCGAGUGAAGAUUGCUUUUAUAGUUAUUACCUCAUAUUUGAAACGGGGA